AUGUCGGACGAAUUUAGUAAUCUUACUACUGUUAGUUGUCAAAAAUUUAAAUGCUCGGCUCGUGGUCUUAUAUUACCAUUUGGUAUUGAAGCAUGCAUGUCAAUACAAUUACGAGCAGUAUUAUACUUUAUUUUUUUACUUUAUCUUUUUCUUGGUAUUGCUAUUAUUGCCGAUAUAUUUAUGUCUUCAAUUGAAACUAUAACAUCAAGAAGACGAAAAAUACGUUAUCCUGACCCAGGAGAAAAUGAUAAAUAUUUAACUGUUGAAGUUCGAAUAUGGAAUGAUACAGUUGCAAAUUUAACAUUAAUGGCACUUGGUUCAAGUUCACCUGAAAUUCUUUUAUCAAUUAUUGAAAUAAUUGGUAAUCGUUUUGAAGCUGGAGAACUUGGUCCUGGAACUAUUGUUGGUUCAGCCGCUUAUAAUUUAUUAAUGAUCUGUGCAUUAUGUAUUUCGGCAAUUAAGGCUCCUGAUGCCAGAAGAAUAAAAUUGUAUAGUGUUUUUAUGGUUACAUCAUUCUUUGGAUUUUUUGCUUACAUAUGGAUGUUCAUUGUCUUAUCGGUUAUAUCAAAAGAUGUUGUUGAUCUUUGGGAAGCUGUCAUUACAUUUCUUAUGUUUCCAUUGGUUGUCAUCAUAGCUUUUCUAGCUGAGAAAAAUUUCUAUGCUUCAAAGAAAAUUGAUAUGGAAGAAGAGGAACAAACACUUAUAUUGACACCACCAGACCAUGAUGGAACUGGCAGUCCACGUAGUUUUCGUAAAGAUGAACUUCUUCAAUUUUUACGUGAUCUUGGUCAAACAACAAAUUUAUCAUUAGAAGAUAAAGCACAAUUAUUUGCAGCUAAAUUAAGUGAAAGUAUGCAUCGAUCACGUAUGCAAUAUCGAAUUCAAGGCUCUCGAAUGCUUACUGGUGGCAAAUCUUUAUUUGUUAAUUUGCCUGACAAACUUCAAGAGAUUUAUACUGAAGUAAAUAAACGUGAUUCAUUGGUUGGCCAUCGAACAUCAUUGAUAGCAAGAACGAUUGAAGAAGAGGAUAAUAAUAAUAAUAAUAAUAUUGAUUCUGAUUUACCAAUACCAUUAAUUGAAUUUUCAACAACAGCAUACGCUGUACUUGAAUGUGAACAAAGAAUUUACGAACGAGCCAUCAAACCAUUGCCAUUUGAUGGAUGUUUUUCGGCUGACCAUCCAUUUGGUGGUCGAAAGCCAACAUUAUCAAAGAUAGAGAUAAAUGAUGAUCCACGUAUGGCUAUACUUGAGUUUGCUUCAUCCAGUUAUGCUGUACUUGAACGUGAACAGCGUGUAACUAUUGAAGUUGUCAGAUACGGUUUUACGAAUUCCGUUAUUCAUUUUCGACUUGAUACAAUCGAUGGUACGGCAACAGCUGGUGAAGAUUAUGUUAAAUUAUCAGAAGAAUUUAAAAUGGAACGUGGCCAACAAGAAAAACGCAUUACAAUACAUGUUAUUGAUGAUAAUCAAUGGGAACCAGAUGAAACAUUUUUUGUUAAAUUAUCAUUACCUGAAGGUGAAGAAUCUCGUGCAAAAUUAGGUUCAAAAACAAUUGCACUCGUGACAAUUAUUAAUGAUGAUGAACCGGGUUUUAUUGAAUUUGAAGAAUCAAUUACAUUAGUUAAAGAAAGUGUUGGUAAAGUAGAAAUCAAAGUCGUACGUGUUAAUGGUGCCGAUGGACGUGUCAGUGUACAUUACCGAACAAAAGAUAUUGAUGCUGUUGCAUCAAGAGAUUAUGAAUCUUCUCAAAGUGAAAUUAUAUUUGAACAUGGUGAAAUAUCAAAAAUAAUUGCUAUACCAAUUAUAGAUGAUCUUGAAGCAGAAAAAGAUGAAAGUUUUGCUGUUGAAUUAUAUGAUACAACUGGUGGUGCACAAUUAGGCAAACAUUCAAGAACUGUUGUUACAAUUAUUAAUGAUGAUGAUUAUAAAACAAUGGCAAAUCGAAUGGCAUCACUUGUUCAAAUUGAUAUCGAUAAAUUAAGUGUAACAAAAACAUCAUGGGGUCAACAAUUCCGUGAUUCUAUGAACGUCAAUGGAGGUGAUUUAGAAACAGCUAAAGCUGGUCAUUAUAUUGGUCAUGCACUUGCAUUUUUUUGGAAGGUGCUUUUCGCAUUUGUACCACCCACAGCAAUAGCUAGUGGUUGGUUAACAUUUUUCGUUUCACUUCUGUUCAUUGCUAUACUAACAGCUAUUGUUGGUGAUGUAGCUGCUGUAUUUGGUUGUCUAGUUGGAUUAAAAGAUAGUAUAACAGCUAUAUCAUUCGUUGCACUUGGAACAUCAUUACCUGAUACAUUUGCAUCGAUGAUUGCUGCAAAAAAUUCCAAAACAGCUGAUGAUGCGAUUGGUAAUGUAACUGGAUCAAACGGUGUUAAUGUAUUUCUAGGUCUGGGACUUCCAUGGCUUAUUGCUGCUACCUAUUGGGAGUCAAAGAAUCUUCCAUUUACGGUCAAAGCUGGCGAUCUAUCAUUUAGUGUAUUAGUGUUUUCUGUUUGUUGUGUAAUUUCUAUGACUGUACUUAUUCUUCGUCGAUAUUUAAGUGUAUUUGGCAAAGCAGAACUUGGUGGACCAACAAUACCGAAAUAUUUAUGUUCAAUCUUUUUUAUUCUUCUUUGGAUUGGAUAUCUAACAUUAUCUGGACUUCAAGCUUAUGGACAUAUUAAAUGGCAGAGUUAA